AAGCCCUGAUAGAGCCGCCGAAGGAUUCCGUUGGCUUUGCUUUUGCGUAUCCAGAAUCCAGUAAAAAUGUAUUGCCGGGUACGGUACACGCUGGUGCUGCUGUUGGGCGGUCUGAUGUCACUGCCGUUGAUCGUUUUAAGUAACAAGCAUGUCGACAUUUUCGAGCAAUUCGGACAGCAAAACGCCACGGUCAGUGAUGCACCGAUGAAGGGCGACGCCGAGAGCCUGCCGACCCCGUCCCCGAACAGCUGCGUUGAAGACGUUCUGCCCAGUGAGCCGGUGGAGCUGAACGAAAAGCUGGAAAAAGAGUUGGAGCCACCGAGCGAACCACCGCAGCAGCAGGACAUCGCUCCACCAAAUGUGGCGCAAAUGUUGGAAGGCGCUUCGCCCGGGUUCAGCCCGAACAUCGUGGCCGUGGUGCAGCAGGUCCGGAAGGUAUUGACGGCCAUCAAGGACAAGCUGCAGGCAUAUGCCAAGAGUUUGGUGGCAAAGUUCGAGCACCAGCGCCACCGGGCGAUGGGCAGUGUGAAGGCAAAAAUGGACGGCCUGAAUGCGAAGAUAAAGAGCCGCCUCGAGAACGAGUUCGUCGAGUACAAGGAUGUGUGUCUGCCGGACCAGAACAAGUGCAUGAAGCAGCUGCAGCAGGACGUUGAGCGGUACGAGGGGCAGAUGCGCACGAAUGUGGACCAGUGCAACGACCAGCUGGCCGAGGAGCUGGCCAAGCAGCGGCAGUCGGUCAACGAGGCACAGCAGCUGAUGGAUGGACCGAACCGGAAGAUUGAAGGCUGCCUGGACACCGAUGCCGGAGUGGGCCGCAGUUUCAUCGGGUGCGCGGCCAGUGUGAUGUCGAACCUGGCCAAGGUGGCGACCCAAACGCAGGAACGGUUCACCGGGCGGAUGCGCAAACUGACCGACCAGCUUGCCCAGCGGGUGGACAAGCACGACAAGUGCGUGGUGAAGCGCCACCAGCUCCUGAACCGGAGUGAGCGCGAGCUCACCGACUCGGCCAAGAAGUGCUUGCGCAAGCAAGCACAGAAGCAGCCCGAAAGUUUCUUCUGAUUUGCUUCCUUGCGGGACGGAAGCCUGAGCGGGCAAGAGUUUAUUGGAUUGUAACCCCAUCACUUCAAGCUUCUAACAAUAGACGUUAUUUGACACGCGGUGU